UACAAACAGUUUAACUGAACUGAAUAGUUUCUAGUGGUGACAGUUAGAGAGAAAUGAAGGCGCUAUGCAUUGUUGGUGGUGGUGCCCCAAUGCUUUGUUCGAGUGUUCGGAACCAUCGAUUUCGCGUUUCCUUCUCUUCUUCUUCUUCUUCUUCUUCUUCUUCUUCGUCAUCGGGAUCCAGAUCGGUAAAACAAGCGGAGAUUGCAGCUUCAAAGCCUGAAUACAAGCCCGGUGUGUUUGAUGAUUUGUUCCUCAAUUUGUUCCGCAACAAAUUGGUACAGGAGGUGGGAUGGGACUCAAAGAAACCUGGAUAUAGUGGACUAAUUGAAGUUGCGAACCGUCUAAUGAUGAAAGGCACUACAAAUUCCGAUACCAUAGAAGCAGCGGUACGAACAUUGAGGUCUCUGUUCCCUCCAUUCCUUUUGGAGCUCUAUAAAAUGCUCAUAGCUCCUAUUGGAGGAGGUAAAAUUGCUGCUAUGAUGGUUGCAAGGGUUACUGCACUGACUUGUCAAUGGCUCAUGGGCCCGUGCAAAGUCAAUUCUGUUGACUUACCAGAUGGAACCACAUGCAGUAGUGGGGUCUAUGUGGAAAGAUGCAAGUAUCUGGAGGAAAGCAAGUGUGUUGGUAUUUGCAUCAACACCUGUAAGUUUCCAACACAGACUUUCUUCAAGGAUCAUAUGGGAGUUCCACUACUUAUGGAGCCCAACUUUGGUGAUUAUAGCUGUCAGUUCAAAUUUGGGGUUCUUCCUCCACUGCUUGAAGACGACACCGUCCUGAAGGAGCCUUGUUUGGAAGCAUGUCCAAAUGCUGCCCAGAGAAGAAUGGUUGCCAGAAAUAUAGAAGUAAUUGCGUGCCCAAAGACAUGAAUAUAUUUGUCUUCAAUGUACAAAACCUCCUACACAUUCUGGCCCCAACUUUGUCUUUGAAGAUGGAACUGAAGGCAUGGGUUUUCUUGCUUCCGUAGCGAUAAAUAAUUCAUCUUUGACUAAGCUCAUAUAUGAAAUUAUUAAUACAACUCAUCAUUUUCGUAAAUAGAUUGUUGAUACUUUGGACUCGUUUGUAUAUUAUGGAUGUUUCCCCAAUUUUAGACAUUUUAAGAUAAUGA